AUGGCACACACUUACUUUUUGGAUUCAGAAGACGUGCUUAAAUGCAGAAUACUAAACCUAAAAGGUGAAGAGACGCAUAUUGGCGUCCAAUUUGAGUGCUCUUCGAAAAAAGAAGAUUCCAAAAGAUCUACAAGAAAUCAAGGGUCGACGACAGCUCAGAACGAAGAUAAAGCAAAAAAGACAAAAGGCCCAACAGAAUUAGAAAUGCAUCGAAAUAAUAUAAGAAUUAUUUUAGAUAGUUCGAAUGCUACUCCAAUUCGGGCUCACGGCGGUAUUGGCUACCAGUGCUGCUUCUGUCCCGAGCAGUACCCAAACCCAGCUGAUCUCAAAACACACACUAUUCAGGGCCACGAUACUAAGACUAAGCGCGCCUUCAUGAGGGGAAAAACUAUGGCUGAAUAUUUUGUGAAGCUUGACAUUACGGCGAUGCGCUGCGAACUGUGCAAUAGCAAUGUUGAUUCACUAGAACUACUCACGAGUCAUUUAAUCGACAAGCAUGGCAAAAAAAUGUACACAGACAUCGAAAGCCACAUCUUACCCUUCAAAUUCGGCGACGAAACGCUGCGAUGCGUCUUCUGCCCCAAUGAUUUCAACACUUUCAAGGUUUUACAGGAGCAUAUGAAUGUCCAUUUCAGAAAUUAUAUUUGCGAAACGUGCGACAGUGGUUUCGUUACACGCAACAUGAGAAGGAACCACAAGAAAACCCACGAAACGGGAUCGUUUAUUUGCAGUUUUUGUCCUAAAGUUUACGACACGGCACUUAAACAAAGGGCGCAUGAAAAACAAGUACACCGGCUCCCUAAGCUAAAUUUAUGCGCUUAUUGUAAUGAGAGAUUCAGAGAUUUCAGGCAAAAAGUAAAACAUUUGAAGGAUGUGCACGGUGUACAAAGGGAAUCUCCUAAAUGCAAAGCUUGCGAAAGAACAUUCGAGACCAUGGCAGCUCUUCGACUUCACAUCAAAAGGGAUCAUUUAAUUCAAAGACCUCAUAAAUGUUCUCAGUGCGAUAUGUCAUUUUACGCGAAGGCUCAGUUGAAGAAUCAUUUUGUUAUUCAUUCUGAACGACGACAAUGUUGCCAGAACAAAAAUCAGACCACAAAAGCAAAGACGAAGAUAAAUAUAGAGGUUGAAGAUGUAGAACCGACCAAGUCGAAGAAUGUGUUUUCAAAUUCAACAGAGGACAAAAGAAAGAAUGGUUCCGAAUUAGUUUUAGAAAUUAGAAAUAAACCAGUACCAUCUCGAAAGGGACACUAUAUGAAGAAAGAAAUAAGACAUCACAAGGAGAAUUUAAACAUAAUACUGCGAUGUUCAGACGCAACGCUAAUCCGUAGUCGCGGUAACCUCGGUUACACGUGCUACUUUUGCGACACAUCCUGUCGUGAAGCUUCCAGUCUCAAACAACAUACAAGAGACAACCACACUUAUAAAGAUAAACCAUUCAUAAAGGGCAACAAUUCCAACUACUUCGUAAAAUUAGAUAUAACCGCUCUGCACUGUAAACUUUGUGGCCAGUCUAUCGAUCAACUUGAACAGUUGUCGGAACAUCUUAUGAAAAUACAUGAAGAACCACUUCACACACUCACCAAAAGCCUAAUGAUUCCCUUUAAGUUCGAAACGGAAGAACUGAAAUGCGCUGUUUGCAGCCAAGAAUUCAAUAAUUUCCAUUCCUUACUUGAUCAUAUGCGAAAGCACUAUAGGAAUUUUAUUUGCGAUGUCUGUGACGAAGGCUAUUUAAGCUAUAACAGUAUGAAAACUCACCAACUCGGGCAUAAUGUAGGGGAAUACACAUGUAAGGAAUGCAACAAACUCUUCAGUAGCACCCUUAAACUAAAGAAUCACACGCGAGUAGUUCAUCUCGGCAUUAAAAGAAAUAAAUGUGGCUACUGUGGCGAAAAAUUCGCUGAGCUGAAUUGGAAGUUGGACCACUUAGAAAAAGUCCAUGGGAUUAAAAAGCCAGAGUUUAAAUGCACAGUAUGCAAUAAGAAGUUUUCAUGUUCGAAGAGUUUGAGGAACCAUAAGCGAGGAUUUCAUCUAAUGGAGAAAGAUCAGACUUGCCCGGACUGUGGCUUGAAAUUCUUCCAAAAACACACGUUGAAGCAUCACAUGACAAUCCACACGGGGCUGCGUGCGUUUAAAUGCGCGGUGUGUUCUAAGGCUUUCAGCAGGCGCUCCACUUUAAGGGAGCACAUGAGGAUUCACAAUAACGACCGUCGUUUCAAAUGCGAACACUGCAACAUGGCGUUCGUACAGAAAUGCAGUUGGAAGGGGCACAUGCGGUCAAAGCAUGAGGAAGAUGUCACAUAAUAAAAGUGAAUUUCCAUAAAGAAAAAUAAAAACAAAAUGAAUUGUUACAAUGCGAUUUUUUUAGA